GAACUGGCGAGAUGCACUGGUGGGCAGUGGCUAUAGAUGCAAACAUGCUCCUCAUACAGGGGCGGACUGACAACUCAUGGGGCCCCCGGGCAAUAGGGGAUCAUGGGCCCCUGUGUCCUUGCCCAAACUCAAAAAAGCCUAUGAAAAAGGUACCAGGGGCAUCUCUUGGGGUCCCCUACGGACCCUGGGCCCUCGGGCAAUGCCCGAGUUUCCAAAUGGUCAGUCCACCCCUGCUCUUAUAU